GAUUUUGGAGAAGACGAUUCUCUCUACAUCACCAAGGUAACAACUAUUCACAUGGGCAAUUACACCUGUCAUGCCUACGGCUAUGAAGAGCUAUAUCAGACCCACGUCCUUCAGGUGAAUGUGCCACCAGUGAUUCGCGUCUACCCUGAAACGCAGGCGCAGGAGCCUGGCGUGUCGGCAAGCCUUAAAUGUCACGCCGAAGGCAUCCCUAAUCCCCGAAUUACCUGGCUAAAGAAUGGCAUUGAUAUCAUGCCAAAACUAUCCAAACAACUAACGCUCCUAGCAAAUGGAAGCGAACUUCAUAUCAGUAGCGUUCGAUAUGAAGACACCGGUGCCUAUACCUGCAUUGCUAAAAAUGAGGUGGGAGUGGAUGAGGACAUAUCUUCACUUUUCAUAGAAGAUUCGGCAAGAAAGACCCUUGCAAACAUACUGUGGCGAGAGGAAGGCCUGAGUGUUGGGAAUAUGUUCUAUGUCUUUUCUGAUGAUGGGAUCACAGUCCUUCAGCCAAACGAAUGUGAAAUCCGGAGACACAUCAGGCCCGAAGAGAGGAUUUUCACAAGUUAUGAAGAGAUCUGUCCUAGAGUGGAAGGUGAAGGCACUCAGUCCUGCCUCUGGGCUUCAGCGGUCAAUGUCAGAGACAAGUACAUUUAUGUGACACAGCCUAAGCAGAAUAGAGUAAUCAUAAUUGAUAUCCAGACUCAGAAAGCCAUACAGUCCUUGGAUGUUGACCCAUUACCAACCAAAUUACAUUAUGACAAGUCCCACGACCAAGUCUGGGUGCUUAGCUGGGGUGACAUGCAGAAGUCCUCACCAACGCUGCAGGUAAUACCAGAGGCAAGUGCAGGGGAGGAUCAGCAAGUUAUCCGCACACCGUUUGAAGGAGUGGAUGAUUUUUUUAUACCACCUACAAAUCUUAUUAUUAAUCACGUUAGGUUUGGCUUCAUCUUUAACAAAUCGAAAUCCGCAGUUCACAAAAUUGACCUGGAAACUGUGACCCACAUCAAGACUAUCAACUUCAAAAACUAUAGCUGCGUUCCGCAGACCAUGGCUUAUACCCACCUGGGCGGUUACUUCUUUGUCCAGUGUAGGAGGAAUAGGCCGGUGGCGGCAUUGCCACAGCUCGUUAUUGACAGUGUCACCGAUGCCGUCAUCGGCCCCAACAGCGAUGUGUCGGGCACACCUUAUAUCUCACCGGACGGACGCUAUUUGGUCAGUGCAGAUGAAGACAGUGGCAGGAUCAAAGUCCAGGCUCUAACUGUCCGAGGGGAAAUCAAGUUGAUAUAUGACUUACAAACAAACGUACACGUAUCUGAUCUGACAUUUCAACCCUCUUUCACUGAAGGCAAUCAGUACUAUAUAUAUGCUACUUCACAUUUGCAAGCAGAUGUGCUUUUUGUAGAGCUGUCAACGGGGAAAAUGAAUGUACUGAAGAAUUUAAAGGACCCUAUCACGUCCAAAGACUGGCCCUGGAGCAACUACAACAGAAUUAUGAAGGACAGUGGAUUAUUUGGACAAUAUCUCAUUACACCAGCUAAAGAUUCUUUGUUUGUUAUAAACGGGAGGCAAAAUACGUUACGCUGUGAGGUUUCAGGUAUAAGGAGGGGUAACACAGUGGUCUGGGUUGGAGAGGUAUGAAAGGGCAAUAGCAGUAGAGCCUUUGGCGGGCAAGUACCAGUUGGACCUUUACACUGCAACAAAUGAGCAGUAGCAUUGUAUAUUUUUAC